GAGCUAUAUUUUAUUUUUGAGAUUAUUUAGUUUUGUUGUCCAUACAGUAACAGUUGCAUUUGUCGUUUGGAGUUGAAUUUGGCCCGUUACUCUUUUCCUACACUGCUCUGAAGGGUAUAAAGUCGUUUGUCCAAAAGUUGUUUGUCCACUGUAGAAAUUCUCAUUUUUUUCCUCUCCAACCACUUGUAGAAUCCCAUGGUGUAACAGGAUGUUGGAAUGGGAGGGCGGAGACUUCAGAAACAGAGGAAAGCUCCGAAAUCAAAACGUUUUGUGUGGAGACCAAAGUGAUUAAUAACCAGUAGUUUUAUUUCUGAGAGACCAUGGAGAGGAUGAUCUCCAGUGGAGUGGAUUUCAGGUGAAGAGGAACUUCUAACCAAGAAAACACAUUUACAGAAGGACUGCGUCAGGAGUUUUUUUCAUUCCAACAUCACAUUUACAGAAGGACUGCGUCAGGAGUUUCUUCAUUCCAACAUCUGCAUGGAGACCAUGUUGACCUGGAGGCUGUUUCAUAUUUGUGUGGUCCUGCAGGGGGCGCUCAGGUCCUGUUCUGCCCACAGUCUUUUCACCUGCGAGCCCAGCAGGGUGCAGUGGUGCCACGGCAUGCCCUACAACAUGACUUUCUUUCCUAACAUGUUGGCACACUAUGACCAAGACAUCGCGGCAUUGUCCAUGAAGCACUUCAUGCCCCUUGCCAACCUCCAGUGCUCCCCAGAGGCCCAUCUCUUCCUGUGUCAGGCGUUCGUCCCAGAAUGCAUUGAGCCCACGUUUGUGGUGUCGCCGUGCCGGGAGCUGUGUGAGAGAGUCCAUUCGGACUGUGCAGCAGACAUGCAGGUCUUUGGUUUGAGCUGGCCCCCUGAACUACAGUGUGACCGGUUGAAUUACUGUGGAAACUCCCCUGAUGGGCUCGGAGUGUCCCCCACUAAGCAGGCCACCACACCCAAGAGCUCACCGUCAUCAAAGCGCGACUUGGGUUUCUGGUGCCCUUUGCAGCUGAAGACUCAGCCUGGACAAGGCUCUUCAUUCCUGGGCGCUCAAGAUUGUGCCCCUCCGUGUGAAAACAUGUACUUGAAACCUCACGAAAUCGACUUUGCCAAGACCUUCAUCGGCGUGUGCUCCAUUGUGUGCCUGUGUGCCACGCUUUUCACAUUCCUCACCUUCCUCAUCGAUGUGAAACGUUUUCGCUAUCCAGAGCGCCCGAUCAUCUUCUAUGCGGUGUGUUACAGCAUCGUGUCCCUGAUCUACUUCGUCGGGUUUCUGCUGGGCAACCGUGCUGCUUGUAACCAGUCCGUCCACCCUGGGGGGGUAGCGACGGUGGUCCUCGGCGCUCAAGGAAACAAGGCGUGCACCCUGCUCUUCAUGCUGCUCUACUUCUUCUCCACAGCGGGCGUGGUGUGGUGGGUCAUCCUCACCAUCACCUGGUUCCUGGCGGCGGGGCCCAAGUGGAGCUGCGAGGCCAUCGAGAAGAAGGCCGUGUGGUUCCACUCCGUGGCCUGGGGCCUGCCUGGGGCACUCACCGUCAUCCUCCUGGCACUCGAUAAGGUGGAGGGGGACAGCAUCAGUGGGGUGUGCUUCGUGGGGCUCUAUGAUCUCGUCACGCUGCGCUGGUUCGUGCUCGCACCGUUGUGUGUGGGUGUGCUCACGGGCCUGGCUCUGCUGCUGGCUGGCAUUGUGUCUCUCAACAACGUGCGGCAGGUGAUCCAGCACGAUGAACACAACCAAGAGAAGCUGAAGAAAUUCAUGAUCCGCAUUGGAGUGUUUAGCGGCCUGUACCUGCUGCCAUUGCUCACACUGCUAGGCUGCUAUCUGUACGAGCAGAGCCGACGGGAAGCCUGGGAGCAUAGCUGGAUCAAUGACCGUUGCCGUGACUACAGCAUACCCUGCUCCCACAAGAGAACUCAUUUUGAUUGGCCUGACCUGUCCUUGUUUCUGAUCAAAUACCUGAUGACUCUGAUCGUGGGCAUAUCUGCAGUGUUCUGGGUCAGCAGUAAAAAGACCUGCUCCGAAUGGGCCUUCUUCUUCAAGCGCACUCAGAAGAAAGAUGCCAUCAGCGAGAGUCGCCGCGUGCUCCAGGAGUCUUGUGAAUUCUUUUUGAAGCACAACAGCCGUGUGCAGCACAAGAAGAAGCACUACGUGCCGAGCUCCCACAAACUGAAGGUCAUAUCCAAGUCUAUGGGCACCAGCACCGGUGAGCCCGUCCCUGCAUCCACUGAUAACCAGAGUGAUGAUGUGCUUCCCGUCACCCAAGCUGUGGGAAACCACCGCGGCGGCAGGAACCAGACCUCCUACUCCAGGACACACAGCUCCUCCGAGAUGUCAGGGAGAGAGCAGCUGGAGAGGCCCAGCUCCAGGAGAGGGGCUCGAGGAGCUGUUGGACAGCCUGCUGGGGCUGCUCACCUGAGCUCAGAGAGGCAGAGCAACACCGGCGGCUCCAGCAGAGUCAGCAGUCAGGCUGAGAACCUCCGCAAGAUGUCAGCUGGAAGUAUGAAACGGAGAGAAGCACUUCCAGAAGAUGUGCAACCAUCUGCCCGUUCCGUUCCUCACAGCAGUGGCGAGAGCCCCCAGCCAAGGAGUCACGAUCAAAAGAGCAGCUGUUCCACCCUUCCUAAACUCCCGUCCUGAACCUGAGCUUCAAACCUUCAAUCUUAACUCCUGAAAUCUCAAACCCCAUGUGAAUUUGUCACUCCAAACGGCAGCCCCAUGAAAUCCCAAGAGCUGGAAGUGGAAGUGAUUGCUGAUAUAUUGGAGCCAGGUUUAGGGUUCAAGCUCACUUCUGCCCCCUGCUGGUGGUGCCUUAUUUAUUUCUGUGGUAAAUACCUAAAUCCAGCACUGGUUGUGUUCAGGACCAUGGGGACCAUCAACAUGUCUGUCAUGAUCAUUGGAACUGUAGUCAAAGGUGUGUUGUAACGAGCUUCUUCCUGCUGACCAUUUUCAAGCCUUUGUAAAGACUGUAAUGUCUUAAAUAGAGAAAAGUAUUUUUCAUAAUGUUACAUUUCUGG